AUGCCACCUCCCAGGAUAAGACGAAUCAAAUGCGAUCUUUCUCAGCCUUCAUGCUCGAAAUGCCAGUCCACAGGUCGCAUCUGUGACGGCUACGGUGAUAUGCCUCUCGAGACUGAAUCGGGUCGUUCUCACAACGACGUGAAAAACGGAGCAGAUGGCGACACCAUAGGCGGUGCGAAUCGUCCAGAAACUUGUUGUGCGAGACACCACGGUCUCAUUUCGCAGAAUCCCAGACCCUUUAUGGUCUUACCGAUGACCGGUUCAGGCCAAACAGAGGCAAUGGGGUUCUUUGAGUAUAUUUCGAUCAAGCAUCUCAAUGAAUACCGCCCUAGUGAUUCAUGGCGGAGAAGCCUCAUGUUCUUCUCCCAGACGGUACCAUCCGUGCGGUACGCUGCUAUCGCAUUGGCAUUGGCCAACCAAAACUACCUGCAUCGCGGGUUUAGCGACCAAUUGCACCAACCGCCAUCCUCGAAAGACUGGCUGUCAGACAGCGUUGCCUUGUUUUACUAUAACCGAGCCAUCCAGCUUCUUCUCAAGCAGGAGAACGGAGACAGCGAGGAUACAACAGCCAUCACGCUCUUGGUCUGUUAUCUCUUCAUCUGCUUUGAUCAUCUGGCGGGCAACUACGCACAGGCAAUGAAGCACCUACGCGGAGGUGUUGAGCUCUCACGAAACGCCCAAAAGGCGAUACUAGACGGCAACAAUGCAUACGACGAGACCAAGACCUCAGGAACUCACGCACUCAUCUGCCAGAUCACGAGACAGAUCCGUCGUCUUGACAUGCAAGCCGUAACGUUUCUGGUUGACUGGACUCCCGCCGAUAUCAAAGACACAGCCGUAUCCCAGCUUGCGCAUCCCAAUAGUGCAUUUCAAUCUCUUGACCAAGCCGCUGACCACCUACAGAGUCUCAUCGCUCGAGUCAUGAGUCUACGCAAUAACCCGGGACAGCAAAUGCUUCCUUUGUCAGUCAAGAAUGCAGUUCUCGAACAGUUGGAAACGUGGUCGACUCUCUUCGAAAACAUGCUGCAACAACAUGGCAGUUCCUCUGAUUCAGAGGAGACGGCAUACCCGCUCAUCACACUGCUACGCCUACAGUAUACCAUCGUAUGGACUUAUCUCAGUAGCUCAGGGCCUGGGAGGGAAAUGGAAUACGACAACUUCCUGACCCAGUUUCAGCAAUGCGUGGCGUUGGCAGGCGACUUCGCGGCAGUGCAUGAGCGAUAUUCGGGGUCGUUGAAGCCGACGUUCACGCCGGAGAUUGGCAUGAUCCCAGUGCUUUACAUCAUCGGGGCCAAAUGCCGGCAUCCUGUUGUGCGGCGGGAGGCCUUGGGUCUUUUGAGGCGGCAACCGAUCCGGGAGGCGGUUUGGGAUAGCGUUGUUGUUGCCAGGGUAGUGGAGAGGAUAAUGGAGAUUGAGGAGGUUGGGUUUGAGAAGUGGGAAAUGAUACAGAGUAUGGAACAGGUUCCGGUGUGGCAGAGGGUUGAGACGCUGUCUUGGGCACAUGUCGUCGUCGAUGGACAGUCUGCGGGCAGAGUGGACAUUAACUAUACGUUCUGCGCGCGAGAGGGAUCGCAUAUUGAGUCUUUCAUGAUGUAA